AUGUCCCUUCUCUUCACCGUCCGCCUUGGCAUCAGCCCUUGUCCUACAUGUAUUAAUGGAAGCCGAGUCGUGGCUUCGAUUAACAAUGUCACGUUUUUUAUGCCGGAAACGGAUCUACUUCAAGCCCAUUUCUUAAACUUCAAUGGGGUUUUCAGCAGUGAUUUCCCUGGAAAUCUUCCUGCUCCAUGUAGCUACACAAAUAACAACUUGGCGACCAAACGAGGGAAGAAACUGUACAGAUUGGAUGGAAGCCGAGUCGUGGCUUCGAUUAACAAUGUCACGUUUUUUAUGCCGGAAACGGAUCUACUUCAAGCCCAUUUCUUAAACUUCAAUGGGGUUUUCAGCAGUGAUUUCCCUGGAAAUCUUCCUGCUCCAUGUAGCUACACAAAUAACAAACUUGGCGACCAAACGAGGGAAGAAACUGUACAGAUUGGAUGGAAGCCGAGUCGUGGCUUCGAUUAA